AUGAUGGUGCUGGUGGUGGCGCAGCCGGCGUGCCGGCAGGACCACUGGCAAGAGCAGCCGCCUUUUCACGACGUAGCAUCGGGCUGUGGAAACUCCGGAGCUUCCUCGUGCAGCAAACGCCUCUGGAUACUCGCCGGAUUUCUUCAAGGAGUCAUGUGGAACUCGCUGGGCAAAAACUGGGGCUUCUGCGACUUCAAGCCGCCUUCUGUUGAGCUGCAACCAGAUCAUCAUCGCGAACAGCAGAGGUGUACCCAACAAUGUCCUCGGCGUCCACCAAAGGCACCCGAGGUGACGCUGCCGGGGCAGUGA